CAGCGUUUCACUCCAUUACCUCUUUUUGUGUAUGUCUUUGACGUGAGUGACCAUCACUUGAUCACUUCCACCACUUCCAGCCUAUUGUAGACAACUGUAGACAAUGAACAAACCAAACGCUUACAGAAGUGCAAGACGUGAACAACUCUCACAACAGGAGCGACUCAUUCAGCAAAGGAAACAAGAAAUUGAGGACAAAUUGAAUCAGAUGUCCAAAGAGUCUUCGGAUGACUGCAGUGACAGCAAAGAGUCGACUCCUUUGCCAGUGAUUAGUGACGACAAGAAUCCAGAGAUCAAAGAAGAGGUAGAAAUUAAGCCCACAAUCGAUGCAAAUGAGAGUCAGACACAAACGGAAACCAAUGAGACGUCGGCUCCAGUUAUCGCCAAUAAAUUCCAAAACGACGGCUCAUUUCUGGAGAGAUUUCUUCAAAUGAAGAAAAGUGUUGAACAAAACAGUGAACCGAUUGUGAAGACAGAGCCAAAUGACACAACGAAAGCGAUUAAACCCAUAAAAAUGGUGAUCAAAGAAAAUAGCUCCAAAUUGAAAGCCAUUUGUUCAGUGGAGGCAUCGACUGUAAAACUGUUUGAAGAGGACAUCAAAGAGGGUAAGGACAUUGAGUUGGCUAUAGAGAGGACUGCUAUUAGUGUCACAAUGAAUGGCGCAAAAGCGGAGGACAAUAUCCGUGAGUCGAAAGCCGAAGACACGCACUACAGUUGGCUCAGAGAUAAAGAGUCAGAAAAUUAUAGAUUUUAUCAAAAAAGAGUGGAAGAGCUGAAAGAAGCCAAAGUGAGGGCACAGAACGACGGCCUUUUCGAUGACGGCGCCGAGUCGUCGAGCAGUAGACCUGUUAAGAAGAAGCAGAAGAAGUCUCGUUGGAGUGACGAGAAGGUGGACUUAAAGCCAUCGGAUCCCACAUUAAUUGAAUACGCGUUGCAAGUGUUUGGGAGCACAGACUUAACGGCAGACCAAUGGAAACAACUCGAAGAUCAGCGAAAAAUGAAGAUAUUGUUCGAAAUGCUGCAGAAGAAGCAACAGAUGAACCAAAGAUUAGCCAAUAGUGGAAAAGUGAAGUAUGAAUACGAUAGUGAUGAAGAAGUGGACGCGACAGACGGCACGUGGGAACACAAACGGCGCCGACAGGAGAUGCUGGCGACACACACAUUGGCCAAUGAACUGACGGAAAAGGGGUCGGGAAAGCAUCACAUCGGAGACUUCAUGCCUCCCGAAGAACUCGACCGCUUCAUGAAGAAGUGGGAGGCACUCAAAGAUGGCGAACCACUUCCGGAUGAUUCAGAUUACAGCGAUUCCAAACUCAAAGAGGAUAACGUGGGCUUUAAAAUGCUUAAGAAGUUGGGAUGGAGUGAGGGUCAGGGACUUGGCUCACAGGGCACCGGUACUGCCGAACCCAUUAACAAAUCUGUGGGCGCUGUGAACAACGCUGGUUUGGGUCAAACACGUCCUGAAGAACUUAGUAAUACCGACGAUGAAUAUGAAGCCUAUCGGAAGCGAAUGAUGAUGGCCUAUAGGUUUAGACCCAAUCCUCUGAACAAUCCUCGUCGGGCUUACUAUUGAACCAUUACUUGCUUGUCAUGAAUAUAUAAAUUAUAAUAAUGUAAACUAAUUAUGAAAAUAUUAAUAUUAAUCUGAU